UAAGACCGACCCCACCAUUGACGACCAACGGUGAAGACCUCCAUUCGUGACGUUAACACGCCCGGGUGGGAACAAGCUGCUCUUUGUGAUAGCUGGAACAACAGUCCCUUUCCGUUUUUUUUUUCCCCCAUGGUUAGACGGCGGCUUGAGAUUAAUGGAACCUCGUCGGAAAUGUGGUAUCUUCCUGCAGAAUGUGAGGCAGGCUAGACGCCGCAACAGAGCAAAGGGUGACUUCAUUGAAGGAUGUGGACGGCGCAGUGGAAUUCGUCAAGUAGACGAGGGGGAGCUUCUCAGACCGUAUCACACCUCUCCAACCGCACCGCUCUUCUUUCUCCCUUCCACCACACUUCCGCCCAACAGUCUUAGUUUCAUAUUACCUUUGUCUUUGGGCUAUAUCCCGCAACUUCCCCUCCCCCUCCACGCUUCCUGCUCUCCAGUUUGCAACUCGGCUUUUGCAACUGUUCAACGAGAAGUGCGGGUCAAAACCAUUCAUCGUGCCUCCUCCAGACGUCCAGAAGUGUAGCGAUUUGUUCGAUUGGUCUUCCUCGACUCUCUCCUGAAUCUCUCCCGACAAACCAGAACAGCGCUUAGAUACCUAUAUACCACCUAUUCCCUUCAGUCAUUCACCCGGCUCGAGCUGUCGCCGAUAAAGUCCGAGGCUGCCAGGUAGAGCUGGGGCUGGCCAUCUGAAACCGUCCCGCCAGCGGAAAGAGGGCAGUUGCUGCUGAGCUCCUUUCCCCACCUUGGCCGUGCAGACGCCUGCUGGUGUAAGUAGGCAACAACCUAACCCAAAUCCCAUAUCUUCCAGGCGGAAGGAGGGGAAGGCAACUUCAGCUACUGCAUCCUCCAUCCUCAUCCGCCAAGUACUGUACGACAAGGAAUUCGGUGUCGGCUGCCCAAGAAUUCCAGAUCAACGGACACCAGAAUUAACCUGGUACUUCUCGCAGACGAUCCUACAAGAACAUCCGAUACCGAAGCCAACCAGCCGGUAUCUUCACGCACCACACUGCCUGCAGAAAGGAAGCUCUCGUCCUCCACUCCAGCGUUCCUCUUUCCAAAGCCGCAAGGGAACGACAAGCUGGCGACCUGGGUGUCCAAUAGCUCACCUGAUAUCCGACAGAAUCUCCCUAUCAUGUCCGACAAUGGGGAUUUGGCCGAUUCGGCUUACGAGAUGAUUGGCAACCACUCUGAAUUCAGCAGCCAAGGCAGUCCCUUGAGUAGUCCUGAUGACGCUUUGUCUGAGAGCAUCAGCUCUCUGCCUCCACACCCUUCCGACGAUGUUCGCAGUUUAGAUGGUUCGGAGGACCGAUUCACGACCGAUUCAGAUGAAGAACGAGAGGAGGAAGACGAGCCAACGGACACGGACGGUGCCGAGGAAUUGAGUUCCUCUCAUGCUUCCUCCAUCAAAUACACGGAUCAAGCGCUACAGUCUCCAUCGACAAGUGUUCCGGCAAACCCCUUGCAUUAUGGCUCGGUGGCGUCCAUUCCAGAUACGUCAAAGUCUAUCGAGUUUCAGGAAGCAGCCAGCGACGCCGUUGACAGUUCACCCGUAUUCGUUCGGCAUGCGAUCAAGGAGUACACGGAUGACAAGGCCAAGGCGCUGGGCAAGUCUCUGGACACUCACGAGUCACCUCGGUCUUUGUCGGUCUCACUGCGCCAGACAAUGUCCCAGGCCUGCCUCUCCACCGAGGAGCCUUUGCGAGUUCUAUACACAGGUUCGGCAGCAGCGCAGAGAGAUAUCUUACUGAAAGUUUCAUCCGCUAUUUGGGUCUCACCAAAGGACGGCCAUAAAGAGGACGGCCAAUUCAUGAGGCACCGGGAAGGGGUUUACAACAUUGUGCCGAUCUCCUCGUUUGGAUCUGCUCCAGAACUGGACCUUAUGGAAGCUUCAAGCUACCAAAUCAAAGUUGAGCAUUGCACCUCAGCUACUGCAACACCACUGAGAGAUGGACCCGAACAUGGGCCCUCUACAGUUUAUUCAAUAACCAUCGAGCACGAGCGGACCUACGCUUCUUGCCCCUCGCGCUUCGGCCCAGCCGUCCUUGACCCUCAGUGGGAUAUCCCUCACCUUGCCAUUUUCUACUGCUCAGAAAACGAGGAUGAGGAAGAUCAGAAGACCAGAGAGGCCGCGUGGGGAUUCACCAAACGUCAUGGGAUUCCAUCCAUCUUCAUCUCCGAGCAUCUGCGCAUCGACAAACAGGCUGUUGCUUACUGGAGCAAGUAUCUCGAUGAGCAUGCGAUCCACAUCUCCCUCGAGUCCAGCGACCCCACGAAGACGAUGGUUCCCCGACUACUACCUGUCGACCUGGAAUCAUUCGGGAACAUCAAUGCUUGGCAGAUGAACCGUAACAUUGCCUAUCUGACGGGUCUGUCCGAUACGAAAGGGCCUGGAAAGCAGCACGAGUCAGCUACGAAAGCUACAAAGUGGUGGCAGAACUUGACGCCCUCGAGAAUGUCCCUGGACCAAGUCAUCGAGGCAAUCGGAUGGAAGAGAUGGCUCUUUACCUUGUUUCUCCCGCUAUUUGGGGCACUUUUGGCCCAGCUCUUCUCGGCAUACUCGGGACUUCUUCCAGCGCAACACCUUCAGUCAUCGCGGGCGUCACAAGCUCCGGCGGUCAUCGAGACGACUUCGGUACUCCCCUCUACUGUAUCUGUUAAGAUUACGCAUACCUCAACGGCGACAGUCGUGGUCAAUAUUACAUCCACCAAGACGAUUCAGGCCACUCCUUCAGCAAAGCCAUCAGCUAGUAGCUUGGCCUCUGCCCUAUCCUACGCUGGUCUGCUCUUGGAUCGGCCCUCCUAUACCCCGGUUGAUUCCCAACCACAGAAAACGGUUUGCUCUGUGCGGGUGAACAGUCCGAAUGAACUGCUGGUCGUGAUACCCUCCAGCAGCAAGGCAAUGUGGCUGGCAAAAGGCGCAAUCGACAUCGAUGUAUAUCAGGGGGAGGAGCGACUCAAGACGAAGCUUUCGUCUGUGGAUGAAGGUAUCUUGGUCGAAUUGCCGGUCAAGCAGGCUCAAGGGCGCUUCAAUGUUUCCGUGAUCAGCAACCGCAGACCGAAGAUGAACGAGACCUUUGAGGUUGACUUUGGCAAGGAUCUCAUCAUCGAGGCGUUUGAGGCGAGCAGGCUGCUGCUGCAGGACUUUACCAGUGUUCUUUCGGCUGCGAAAAAUGAGGCGAUGCACAUUGGAUCGUCUCGGGUUGCCGAAACGCGCAAUGCUGCCAAGAAAACUUACAAAGAGAUGGCUAAGAAGGUCAGGGAUACCGUUUCAACAGGAGAUAUUGCGAGAUUUUGGAAGAAAAUGGAUCAGGGAGUUCACCAACUCGAAGUGUCCGUUGUCAAGGCGCAAAUCAAGUCCAAGCUAGUAUGGCUCAAGUUGCGGGGAACUCGCGAGGAGUACAACGACUACCUCGCCAACGCAACUCGUUUUCUUCAUGAAUUUGAGGCGACACCCCAAGAGAAGAAGGAGGAGUCACACGAAGAAGCCGGAUCAGAUGGACUGUAUGGAUUUCUGGGAAGACUUCGCGCGGGGCUGAAGGAUAAGAAGGAUCAGAGCUCACAAGGACGGAACAAGGGGGCGGACAAGCUGUGGAGGCUUAUGGCAUGAUUUCGUAACUGGCACUGUUUUUCAAUCAACUUCUGUCUGUCUUCCAAGUUGCUAUACAUUUUCCUUUGGCGGGUUAUUUGGGAAACUACAGGAAAUUGGGGGCGUCAAUACAUAUCAGGACACUCAGGAUCACAAGGGCUUGGGACUGGAUUGGAGUUACAACAAUUGUGGUGUAUAUGAUGGGCUGAGCGGUCCAGGUAUCGUAGGUAGGUAACCAUAGCAUUUUGUCAUUUCGCGAGUCUUGUAGAUCAAACGAUCCUUCGCUGGUUUCUAG